CAGAUCAUCUGAGGCGGGUCAGAUUUACUCAGAGUUCUUGGAUUUAACAGCCAAACUCGACCUUUCUGCUGUAACUGGAGGUUAGCGGUCGUGUUGUUCAGACAUUCAGGCCGUCGGUGUUGUUAUGCAGAGAGCCGAGCAGAGCUAACGUUAGCCACAACACUGAGCCUCCUGACGUCCCAGUUCACUGCAGGCAGCACAAAACAUGGCUCUAGUAACCGCAGAGGAGCUGCAGUCAGAGCUGGACAUGUUCAGCAUCCCCUGCCAAGAUGAAUCCGUCCUUGACAAGAUGUUGGAACAGUGCAUCUGCUACCAGCUCCAGGCUGAUGAGAUGCUGCAUCAGUGGGUGGCCUACGGCUCCAAAAAAGGUGGACCGAAGCUCACCAUGGACACCCUGGACCAAUUUGAACAUGAGGUUUUAAAGAAGAGGACCAAAUCCAGACAAAACUUCAGAAAAGAAGACAGUCAUAACAGAACCAGAGACAUUCAGACAGUACAUGAUUUAAUCAAAGUCGAGGAAGAGGAGGAGAGCCUCUUAGACGCCUACUCUACUCCUGCUAAGGGCUCUCAGAAACGACCACUAACCACCCCGGAACACCCUCAUUCCAAGAGGAGUGCGGCUCUGUUAGCCAGCCCAGGCCUGCUGCUGUCUCCUGCCAGCUUCUCUCCCAGCGCUACACCCUCACAGAAGUACAGCCAGCGAGGAGGGAAAGGUGAGGUGGUGGUCACGUUUGGGGCCGUGCAGGGCACCCGUUGGGUGGGCAGGAAGAAUCCAGGUGCGGGCGUCCAACCAGAGCUCCUGGAAGGCCCUGACGACUCCCUCCGCUGCAGCUACAAAUACAUGUUCCAGAGGCUGCGAGAUGUUCGAAAUGUGUUGACGGAGAAGAUUGAGGAGUUGGGAGAAAACUUAAGGACUCACUUCAGCAUUGAAGAAUUCUCCCCCGUCUCUCUGCCUGCCCAGGACAGUAUAACCGUGUUGGGUCAGGUUUGCUGCGACAGUAACGGCAAACUCAACGCACAGUCGGUCCUGUUGGAGGCAGGACCAGAGCAAGGUGGUCAGCAAGUACCUGUUGACCUGUCAGAGCUCAAAGAGUAUUCCCUGUUUCCCGGUCAGGUGGUAGUGAUGGAGGGAAUGAACGCUACAGGAAGAAAGCUGGUGGCUUCUAAACUCUAUGAGGGAGUUCCUCUACCUUUCUACACUUCUAAUGUUAAAAUGGAAACUGAUGAAGAACCAAUGAACGUCCUGGUGGCCUGUGGACCCUACAUGCCCUCUGACAGCCUGACCUUUGACCCUCUGCUGGACCUGAUCAGUGUCAUAGUCAGGGAUCGUCCUGACGUCUGCCUGCUGCUGGGCCCGUUUGUGGAUUCAAAACAUGAACAAAUUGAGAAAGCCCAGGUGACUGAGACGUUUGAGGCCAUUUUCUCAAGAUGCAUCGAAAGCAUUGUGGACGGCACCAAAAGUGUUGGCUGUCACCUGGUGUUCGUGCCCUCUCAGAGAGACAUCCAUCAUCAUUUCAUCUACCCACAGCCACCGUUCACGCUGCCAAACCUCAGCAAGGACCAGGCCCAGCGUGUCACCCUGGUCCCUGACCCCUGCACCCUGCUGAUCGACGGCGUGACCUUUGGCGUGACGUCCACAGACAUUUUGUUCCACAUGGGUGCAGAGGAAAUCAGCUGUGGCACUGGAUCGGACAGAUUCUCACGCAUUCUGAAGCACAUGCUGACCCAGAGGAGCUACUACCCGCUGUACCCGCCUGUGGAGGAGGUGAACAUGGAUUACGAGAAGUUCCAGAGCUUCGGCCAGAUGCCGCUUACCCCUGACGUUCUCAUCAUUCCCUCUGAGCUGCGCUACUUCGUAAAAGAUGUGGCCGGCUGUGUGUGCGUCAAUCCCGGUCGGCUGACCAAAGGCCAGGUGGGCGGGACGUACGGCAGGAUGCUCAUUCAGAGCAGCGCUACGCCAGAGGAUGGAAAGAGAGUGAACCCCUGUUUGACUGCUCAGGUGGUGAAAAUCUAACAGGAGUAAAGACUUUAAACUCUCACUGUCACCCAAAAUGAGCUGACUUAACCAGGACCAGUUUUCUCUCCAGGUGUGCUGAGGAAAGCCACAAAUAACUCACUGUACUGUUUAGCAAAUUUCCAUGUUGAUUUAUUUUUGUAUUACAGACAUAUCAGAAUGCGCUGCGCUCUGGUUGGUGGUUUCAUAACUUGUGGAAUAUCAGUCUCUCAAAUAGAGGAGCAACAAUGUCUUCAAUAAAUUAUCGUCACUCUUUGUACAGUU